AUGGCGGAGCUCAAAUCGGCCCUUGCCACCAGGCGGCAGAAGGGCCAAGAGGAACAAGUGUACGAGGGUUACGGCAAACGGAAAUUUAGCUUCAAGGAGGGGAAAAGGGGCGCUCACCCGGACCCAAAGAAGCUCCUUCAGUCAAUGCAAGUACAGGGCAUCGAGGCCCCCACGGACCCAAUCGACCCUGAGGAUGAUGAGGAGGAGCAGAAGAAAGGCAACACAGAUGACUCCUCUAAUCACCAAAAGGGGCAGCAAGAGCAGCAGGAACCGGAGCAGCAGCCGGAGGAGCAGCAGCAGCAGCAGCAAGGGGAACAGCAGCAGCAGGAGGCAUCCACAUCAGCGAAACCUCAACAAAGUGCUGGGCAGAAGGAAAAGAAGUGGCCCCUUCAGUUGUCACAUCGUUAUGACUGGAAGAGUAGGGAACUUUCUUUGCCAAUGUUUGCUAAAAACGAGAAGAGCCCUGAGGUGCAGAAGGCGGCGAGAGCUUUAGCGGCAAAAUAUCAUUUGCCUUCUCAAGUUGCUAUCCGCAUUGCUCUGCUCUACCAAUUUGAAUAUGACAACAUAGGCAAGAUGAUUGCAGACAUUUAUUUGGAGGCGAUACAGCUGUUGACUGCGGGCAUAAUGUGCUCGAAGCUGUGCCACGAGUCUCUUAAGGUGAAGCGGAAGCAGCUGCGGGUGAAGUACCCCGAUGGUUUGCUUUUGCUGGCAAACGUGGGGCUGGCGCGGCACUUCACAAGUCCCAUUCAGAUCGAUUUCAGAACAGUCCAGGACCUCUAUAUAGGCAUUCGCCACUCGCCCGCCUUCAACGAAGUCAACAAGAUCAUCAAGCCUUUGAAGCAGCAGCUGCAGGAGAGCCGCUGCUGCGUGCUGGCGACGGUGACGUGCAGCUACUCUUUGCUGAUGGACCGGCCCAAAGACUUGGCCGCGCUGUGCGCAGUGGUGGAUGUGAGCACUGGGCGACACGGGCCGGCAGUGUGGGAGACUGGGGGUUACACGGACUCGGUCUUUGCCACGGGGCUGCAGGCCGAGCGCUUUUACUAG